AUGGCUAUUGCGAUACAGGCAGUCAAAGGAAAUUUUGGAGCCCACAAAAUUGAUGGAAGUUCAAGCUCCCUAAGUUGCAAGCUCCGCGAAGCCAUACAUUCGAAGGGCGGAGUUCUUGUUCUCUUAGGUGAUGUUCUCUAUGACUACUCGAUAAUCGUUUGUGUCGAUAAGUCGGCAUUUGCGCCUCUUCACAAUGAUCACGUUGGGGAUAAGUUCCUAGCGGCCGAAGAAUUCCUGGUGCUGCGAUGGGGGAAUGCUGUUGUGGGGGUCACCAACGAAAGUUGGACGGACUUACCAGAAGAGCUGGAUGCACAGGCAGAAGAUCGCCUACUGAGCACGAUCACCUCCUCACUUCUGGAAAGUCCGUUCGACACUGCCUCGGAAGCUAUGGAAUACGAUGCUGACUCCGGGAUGCAGGUGCCCAUGAGUAAUGAUAGGGAGUUUCAAUUGCAUAACGAACUAAUGCCUUCACCUAAGAAACUUCGCAGCUACCUAGGCAAACACCAAAGACGUAGGAGAGGGGAGAAGAGCAGGGGACCUCAAAAACCUCAAGUAACAAUUCUAGGGAGCCAUUCUGGGGAACACAAUGAUAACGAACAACGAAAAGAUGAAGUACAACGCAGCCUCGAAGACACGACGGCGAAGAACAACACAACGAUGAAGAAUAAAGUAAUGAUAAAGAACACAGAAGGAUUGACUUGGCCAGAAACGGAAAGCUACAAUCAAAUCGCCCGCAUCAAUAACACGAAAACCGAAAAGGACUCGUCUACAAAUAUCAAAUGA